CAGAUCUAACAGAAGCUGCCUCUUCCACUUUAUCGCUGCUCACUACCGAAAACUGGGCAGUAUGGAGGAGUUCUUCCAGUACAUCGGCCCUGAUGGCGGCGCGGCGUCUUCGUCCGCUCUGCUGAACCGCGAGCGCAUGUUCGUGUACUCUUCGCCGCGUGAGAAGCAGAUCGAUCGCUGCGGGGAGCUGCGCGUGGGCUCGUACUUUGCCUGCUCGGGUGUUCUCUUCUACGAGGACCAAGCGUGGCUCAAGAUCCGUCGCGGCUACUUCUCCAACGCCAAGAACAAUGGCUACAUCCGCGUGCACUUCGAGUUCCCAACUGGCUCAACGCCCAUAGAUGGCAGCGACUUACCAGCUCGUCAGCUCUCGUCUGUGGUUGCGGCACAGCCCGCACAAUUCCGCUACAUGCGCAGACUCCCAGAGUUCCCGACGUACAUGUGUGCACGCGACCGGUUGGUGCUGUACCGUGAGCCAGUGUUUAAUCUCCACUCGGCGUCGGUGUCUUCUUCAGGUUCCGGAUCGAAUUCCAGUACACCGCGACAUAUGCAGCGGUUUUUACCGCCUGUGAGCGUUUUUCAAGCCACGGAAUGUAGAUUUAAUCAGGAUUUUACACAACUAGCAGUAAAGGUGACGUCAGCGUUCGCAGGGUUGGGAGGGUGGAUCAAUGCUUCGUUCCACAAGACGCUGAUCGAGGUGGAAGAUCCGAAACAAUUCGGUUUUUUUCGCAAUGGACCGGUAUAUUUACAGAACGUGGCUGGACGGGGAGGCAAAUGGGCAGGGGAACUGCCAGUCCGAGCGAUUCCAAGCUUACAAGCUCCACGACUGUACAAUGUCGAGAGUUAUCGCGUCGUGAAGGCUAUUGAACGCAAAUUACUGAAAGACCGGGUGUGGGUUCGGAUCCAGCCGUUAAAGUCGCAGCAGGAACUGCAACAUACAGGCGAAAAGAAGAGCGAGGAAGAGAAUCCUGCAGCUGAAGCAGGUGAGAAUCAAGAGGAAGAGCACGAGACUGCAGGUCCCGAUGCGUGGGUCAUUGAACGUAAUGCCAAUACUGCUCAGAGAGUGAUGGUGCCGUGGGGAAGCAACCGUAUCCAGGACGUACCUGCUAACGACAAUGCAGAGCGGUAUUACCGCACCGUAUACAGUCGUCGUCCGCUGCCUUUGCGUCGUACUGCCGAUCUACAAGCAGAGAUUGUUGGCCACCUCGAACCGGGAUCCGUGUUCUCGUCAACUCAGCGGAUUCUCAAUGAUAAUGGACGUAUGUGGAUUCGAGUAGCACUACCGUCGGGGAAGCAGGCUCGUAUGAGCAAAGAUGUUGGCGAAGAUGAAGAUAACAACGCAAGCUGCAAUCCGGAUAAUAACGCUGACGAGGCUAAAGAGGAAGAAGAGGAGUUCGAGGACCUUGGCAAGUCUGUCCGAUACGGCUAUGCCAUCCAAUCGAACGCCAAGACCAACACUUGUAUGGUCCAGGAGAUCCCUGCACCUGGAAAGAUGAACCCGAAGCAGUACUAUCACGUCUCUCUCUCGUCAGAUAGACCACAGAACAGUAACCAGGAGGAUGGCAGUGCACCAGAAAACACAAUUGCAGCUCGAGCAGAGGCUUCCAACUCUGCGAAAGAACUGUUCUACGUCAAGAACGGCGCUAUCCUGUCCGCUAUCGGCACUGUAUUUAAUGCUGAACAAGGAAGAAUGUGGUUGCAAGUGCUGGCAGCCGAACUGGAGCCUGCUAUGCGUGUCAAACACCAGUGGCCGCUGUCUGAUGCAGAGCAGAAGCUGAACGUGGUUUACAUUCCCAUGUGCGAUCCUAACGGGAGCCCUCACGAGACUGUGCUCAAGCCUGUUCAUCGUGAGUUGGCGAAGAUUGACAACCCUCUAAAAGCUGAGAAGGAUACGUCGAGAUCUCCGUCUCGUGUGGUGUUCAGUGGCCGUGCGUCAAAGCUUUUCGGCUCGCACUUGUUGCGUCCGUCUACUAUCGACUUGCCUUCGACAUUCAAGAAACCAGGAACUCUUAGCAGUGGAAUCAAUGUUCCAGAUCCGGUGGCACGAGCUGCUGGCGAGAAUGAUCACGCACAGAGUCUCAAGGACGAGAUAAGUGCGUGGCAACUUCAAACGGGUAACCGCGUGACCCAACUGUAUUCUCAGAUUGGUUCGUUGGCCAGCUACACGUUGAGUUGCGUUCGUCGGCCGUUCGCGUCGUGCCUGGCACACCAAGAAGCCAAGCGGAGAUACCAACAAUUGGACCAGGAGGAAGAGGGCAUGGAGGAAUAUGCCCUCGACGACGACGACGUGCGCGUUUAAGUUGCUCAACGAGUUGCUAGGAUGCUGCAACACGAUUAAGCACAUGUCUGUUGUGGAUCAAAUUUAGAUACUUCUAAAUAAGAACCAAAGUACAGAUUGAAGUUGUUUCAAAUUCA